CCGCCUCUGGCUGGCCAAUCGAAAGACGCAAGGUCGCGGAGCGGUUAAGGCGUUUAAAUCUCCCGGGGCUCUGUUUAAGGGGUAAAAUUGUGGCUGGUUUGCCUGGUGCAGGCUGCAGAAAAAAAGUCGCUUGCGCUUCGUGGGUGAUAUGGACGACGCUCAGGAAAGAGAAUGGGUCAACGUGGCCAACAGUCUUCUGACAAAAUGUAAUAUAGACCUGCAUGUUACUAAUCUCUCAGACUGCAAAGCUGAAGUGUUUAUCUCACUUCAUGAGUCCGUGCUGGGAGAGAAAGUUCCAGAUUUAAUAGCUGUACCCAGAUGCCAAGAAGAUGAUGCUCAUAAUGUGCAGGCAAUCAUAGAUUCUUUGGCACUGGACUAUUUGCAGGUCAGCCUGUCACAUAUAACAGGUGAGAAUAUUGUGAAAGGAGAUCGGGAGUCCAUUAGAAAUCUCCUGGAAAUAUUUGAUGGUUUAUUUGAGUACCUUACAGAAGAAAUCAGUGAGACUGUUUCUGAAGAUGGCGGCGAGUGGGAAAAUACAGUGAAUGGUGUCAUUAACCAGACGGCUCAAGAUGAGGUUCAAAGUGUUGAUCUGGAAGAAGCGGACGGUGGCAGUGAUGUGCCCUUUCCCUCUCCAAAGCUACCAUCUGGGAUGAGAUCACCUCAGUCAUCAGACAUUUUCGUCCCGUCAGGGGAGGCGGAGGGUUCAGAAUCCACAAGUGAGCUGAUUAAGCUUGGUGACACAGCGUACUUGCUUUCUUUCAGAAAUGAAGGAUUACAAGCCUCUAAAGGGAUCUCACUGAAGACUGAUGAGCCUGAAGAUCCUGCAGCUUUUGCACAGCCGUCUAGUAUACUCUCCAGCUGCAGAGGAGCACUUGUCACGGAAAGUGAAGGAUCAGCAAGAUCUGCCAGGUUGCCCAGUGAGCAGCUGAGUCCCAGUGCCAAAAAACUUGGGGAACCUAUUCGUUCAGCUAUUGCUUUGCAGCCACCCUACCAGCCUUCUGUACCUAGGUACCCUUACCGUGAUGAAAAAGAAACCAGAAGUUCUGGCAGAUGUUCUCCAACAUGGACUAAAUCUCAGGGAUUUCCAUCCUCUCAGGCAGAAACCCCUGGGAAAAUCUCUGAAACGCUUUCAGAUGACAUCUUCACUUCUGAUCUUCCAGUUGGAGGUGACGAACCAAGGUCAAAAGUUGUUAUAAAGGAGCCGGAUACAGCUGAUUUACUGGUGCCAGACGACAGUGUGGAUCAUGUGGGAAAGGCAACUGAUCAUGUAGGAAAGGAAAAUGAUGAGAAUGUUCAGUAUAAACCAACUUCCUCUUUUAAGGAAGACACGUCGCAAAUGUUUACACCAAUGCAAAGCAGAAGACCUAAGCAAAAGAAUCUGUUUCAUGGGAGGAGCCAGCAUGAAAGUUCCAUCACAGACUCGCUUGCAGAGGUUCCUCUUUUCCACAGGAGGGUAAAAGAAAAACUGUCAAACCAAGGACUACACCAGCUGUCUGAGAAACUCUCCCACCGUCUGAACGAAUUAGAUGUAAUGUUAAAGAAUGCUCUGAGUGAACGACAUAGGGGGGAAUCAUCUACUGAUGAAGACACGCUUUCUCAGCAUAGCGAUAGUGUCAUGGAUUACCGUGACAUGAAGCUACAGCCUGCCACCCGGCCUCCAAAUAGAACACCUGGCAGGCAACGAUCGUUUUCAGCUUCCCCACCACCUUCCUCCCACAAGCCGUCGUCUCAGUUUAAAAAGGUGGCCUGGAGAGAUGGAGGGGGGCCAGCAGUGACAAUAGGUCAUCGCUUGCAAAAGGAACAGGACCGGAGGAGGCUAAGAGCAAAGCUGCUGACAAAAGCCUAUGAAGAUGAACUGAGAGCUUACGAGGCUAGUGAGAGAAUCGAACUUGCAAAGUUAAAAACAAAGACCAAGGAAUUGGAACGAAGAUACAAAGCAAGCUUAUUUAAAGAAUCUCCAAGUGUGUUACCAGCUGCAGAGAUUUACUCUAGAAAAAUGGUACCUAGGAAUCUCAAACUCAGCCAGAGGAUUUCAAGAGGAGGAUUUGUAAAGCCAAAGAAAGCAGCUCCAAUGAAGAUCAAAGAGAACAACCUCCUGCCUCUCCUAGUGGAGGAGUUCCCCCACUUGCACAUUUCCCGCCCAACCAUGAACAAGAUGUGGCAGCAGCAGCUUGCGCAGAUACAACUACUGAAGUCUCCCAGCAACAGAUCACAGCUGAAACUCCAAAGUGAAGUAGGAGAAGCCCUAAAGAAGCAUGACCUACUGGUUGAGCUCAUUAAGAACGAGCAGGCACAUAACAAGAGAUUGCAAGAUUUAAAGCAACGCAUUCAUUGUCAGAAGUACGCCCAAAAUAAAAUGAGAGAGAGACGUCAGCAAAUUAUCCGAGCCAAAAAGUACUACCAAGAUUACAGAGUUCAACUGCGGGCUAAGAUGAUGAGGGCCAGGACCCGUGAGGAACGGAUAUUUAAAAACCUAUUUGAAGAAGGUUUGGAUAUUCAGAAGCAACGGCUGCAUGAGCUGAGAACGUAUGCCAAAGAUAAACGUGCUGAGCAGUUGAGACAGCACCAGGCAGAACUGGAAUCCAUGGAGAACUACUACAAGGAUCAGUUUUCAAUGCUGGCUGAAGCAGUUUCAGAAGAACAUAAACAAAUCCAAGUCAGAGAGAGAACACAUGCAAAAAUGCUGAACAAAGUCAAGUCUGAAUUUAAAUCAAAGAUGGAGAAAGAGAUCCAGGAACUGCAGGACGUGAUCACUCAGAAUGAUGAUGAUUCAUUCUUCUGUGACCUAGAAGCUGAUCGCCUCAGAUCCAGACUUCAGAUGGCUUCCUUUCAAUACAGCAAAAACUACCAUUUCCUUUAGCGAGUGUUGGGAAGCGGGUAUUGAUGAAUGUAAUAGCUUGAACUGUUGCUUCUGCCUUAAUCUUGUUCACAAUUUCAGGCACUGGGAAUAUUUGACAUUUUUAAAGACUUUUUUAAAAAAUAAAAGUUUGCUAAUUAGAUCAAAA